CAGGCGCACUCUCACAAGUGAAGCAAGCAACCAACCGAAAGCACAGCCACAGCAAGAAGCACACCACCAUGAUGGCCAGCCUUCGCGUUCUCUCUUUCGCGGCAGCCCGCCCGCAGAACCUGCUCCACCUCUGCCGCCCUGCCACUGCUCCUCUCCUCUCCCGCGUCUCCUCUCUCCACACUUCCGCGCCUCGUAACGCCGUUGCCACCAAGUCCACAUCCGACACGACGGGUCUUGGCCACUGGAAGCUUGAGCGUGUUGUGAGCGUUGCGCUUGUUGGUCUGGUCCCCGCGGCCUUUGUUGCACCUGGCCCCUUUGUCGACUACAGCCUGGCCGUCACCAUGCCCCUGCACACAUACAUGGGCAUGGACUGUGUGUUUACGGAUUACGUGCACGGUGCCAUGACCAAGCCUCUUGCCAAGUUCCUCAACGCCGUUGUGCACGUUGGCGCGCUUGGCGGCCUGCUGUACUUCAACGCGCACGACGUUGGCAUUUCGGAGGGCCUCAAGACUGUGUGGGCCCUCUAAGCGAGCAGCACCUGGCUGGUUGUUUGCUGUUGUUGUCACGCACUCGUUGCCUUUCUCUGUGUUGUCUCUCCCCACUUCUUCUGACUUUUCUGUGUCGCUUUUACGCCGUGUUCUUUUCUGCUUCUCCAUGCCAUGUCCCAUGUGUCUGGACCACCAAAUACACACACACACACGCAACGACAAGCCUCAUGUACAUGAAAACACCUCACUUCUUUUCCUUCCCUUCACUAAAUGUGCAGUCAGUCACGUGCGAUGUAGGGGUUUUUAUUGGAAGUUGUUGAGAGUCAGUCAGUCAC